AUGUCUUCGCCUCAAAAUCAAGACUUAGUAUUCCACAAUGAUGGUUCUUUAACCUCGGAUUCAGUUUUAAACUCUCUGGAUUCAUAUUUAUCGAUCAUCUCCCAUACCCAAGGGACUUCUCCUGCAUGGCUCUUGAACUCAUUGAUAGAGAAUGCUCUCAUUGGAACUGCUUCAUUGGUCAAUACUGAUCUCAAGAAAACUAUUAAAAGGUCUCAUGUGUACGUGAUAUCAUUUUUGCAUCUGGAGGACUUUUUCAUUAGCAACUGUAAAAGAAAUGGAUUGGACCUUUCUCUGGUUCCAAACUUCACCUUUAUAGAUUGUUUCACUAAUUUGUUUUCUGAUAUAUCAACCCCACAAAAUGCCAGUGAACAAGUUAAAAAGUUAUUUGACCUGAAAAUUUUACCUCAAAUCAAGCAAGACCAAAAGAACGUAAUUCUUGUUGAAUUCCCAGAGUUUCUUCUUUCCAGUACAAGCAUCACUAGUAAUGAAUUAUUGGGACAUCUUUCUAAAGUUAAUAAGGCAUGCCAACAAAUGUACACAGUAGUAUCCCAAGAUUCACAAGUGGUUGACUUAUCUGCAUCUAAUCCAUUGGACCCGGUCUACAAGACUACCGAUUUCUUGGUUAAACUUUAUCAUAGAUCUUUUAUAAACAUCAAUUUGAAACCUUUGCCCACUGGUAGAGCAAAAGAUAUUACAGGAUGUUUAACAAUCUCUAGAGGAACUCAUCCUUACAAUGUUGGUUCUUUGGUGGUAACAGAAAGAGAAUAUAUUUAUCUUGUAACAAAGGAAGGAAGUGUUAAACUUUUCUUUAGAUAG